UAACGCGUUAGACGGAAUACUCCGCCAGAGCCUUCAUGUGAUCACGGUAGACUCUUUAUACCAAAGGGUUGCAAAACCUCCCUUUUGGAAGUUUAAAAUCUUCAAAAGGCAAACUUAUGAAGAAAGAGCUUUUGAUUAACUUCACAUUUCGCGGAGUUUUAGUUGGAAAGGGUAAAGGAAAGAAGGCUAAAAGAAGAAAAUGGCCAAUUUUAGCCUCAGAAAAGCGGAACCAAAAGACGUUGCCGAUAUAUUGCGGUUGAUUAAGGAACUUGCGAAAUUCGAGGAGAUGGAGGAACAAGUUGUGCUGACCGAGAAAGAUCUUCUGGAGGACGGCUUCGGGGAGCACCCCUUCUACCACUGCCUGGUCGCAGAGGUUCCUGAAGACCAGAGGAGCCAUGAUGGUCACAUUGUGGUGGGGUUUGCCAUGUACUACUUUACCUACGACCCCUGGAUUGGCAAGCUGCUCUACCUGGAGGACUUCUACGUCAUGCCAGAGUACAGAGGCUAUGGGAUUGGGUCGCAUAUCUUCAAUCGUCUGAGUGAGACGGCCGUGAAGACUCGCUGCAGCAGCAUGCACUUCAUCGUUGCAGAAUGGAAUAGCAAGUCGAUCGAGUUCUAUAAGCGGCGGGGUGCUGCUGAUCUGUCUCUGGAAGAGGGCUGGAGGCUCUUCGAGAUCGACAAACAGAGCCUCCUCAAGAUGGCCACCAAGUAGACACGCAGAAGCAGAGAAAUGGCUGUCAAGUCAACACAACAUUUUACACUCAAGUCACAGCUAAAUGUCAACCAAUCAUAAUUAAAAAUUAUCCUACUGUGAAGAAUAUAAACGAGGCAUACACUACCAGUCAAAAGUUUGGGGUCACUUUCCAUUCCACUCCAGUAUAAACAGAAUGUCAGAUCAGAGAUCAGUUGCAUUGUUUUUUUUAAUCAGGGCAGCAGUUUUCAGAUUGCAUUAUGUGCUUACAUAAUUGCAAGAGUUCUCCAGUUUUCUCAGCCUUUUGGAUGAAUGGUUGCUGAUAAUGGGCAAUGUAGAUAUUGCAUUAAAGAUCAGCCAUUUCUUUCUACAACAGUCACGGACCCCCAACUUUUAACUGGUAGUUAUUUAGCCACAUAACUAAUUAUUUUAUAUUUAUUAAUAAAAGGGACUUUCUAGUAGCUGUUAUUUUGAUACUUAGACUAAACCUCAAAUCUUGGUCUUAGUUUCGUUAGUUUGUUUCAUCCAAAGGGACUUAAAGCAUGGAUAAUGAUUACGCAAUAGGCCACGGUUGUGUUUAUCAUUAUUUUGUCUUUAUCUAAAGGACAUUAGGAGCUUGUUAGUCCAUGUAAUGCCAGAUGUGUAGAUGUGGUCCACCCUGUCCUGUCAACUUGUCCCUGUUUAUCAUUGUCUGAUUAAAUUAAUGGAAUAAAAUAUAAUCAUAUUUCAGUUUA